AUGCAGUCAAUCGAUGCCCUAGUCGUUGGAGCUGGAUUCGCAGGAAUCUACCAGCUCUAUAAGCUCCAGGAGAUAGGACUUUCGGUGAAAUUAAUUGACAAGGCUUCCGACGUUGGCGGUACAUGGUACUGGAACAGGUAUCCUGGAGCCAAUAGUGAUUCUCUCAGUGAAGUUUACAGAUAUAGCUGGGAUAAGGAGGAUCUAUUGACAUACCCAUGGCCAAAGCACUAUGUAUCUCAGAAGGAGAUUUUGGAUUAUCUAAAACACGUGGUGAAGCGUCAUGACUUGAGAAAGUACAUGCAAUUCAGCACCGAAUUAGAAUCCGCAUCAUUCGACAGUGAUUCAUCUCUGUGGACUGCUCGAUUCUCUUCUGGAGAGACUAUUCAGUCUAGAUACUUGAUUACUGCCUUGGGAACUUAUUCCAAGAUCAAUUAUCCGGCUAUUCCUGGAAUCGAGAAAUUUGCUGGCGAAAAAUAUCACACAGGAAACUGGCCAGAAAACUACGAUUUCAAGGGCAAACGAGUCGGUGUCAUUGGCAGCGGCUCAACAGGAGUCCAAAUUACGAUUGCAAUUGCCGAUGAAGUGAAGCAGCUCGUAUCUUUCCAACGCACACCACAAUAUGUCGUUCCCAACGGUGAUGGACCAGUCUCUGCUGAAUUCAGAGACAACAUCAACAAGAAUUACGACGAGAUUUGGAACGGUGUCCGGAACAGCUGGGCUGCGCAUAACGUGAAAGAGAGUACCGUGCCGGCCAUGAGCGUCAGCGCGGAAGAGCGCGAGCGUGUCUUCGAGUCCCUUUGGGAGCAAGGCAACGGAUUCCGAUUCAUGUUUUCUGCCUUUUCCGAUAUCUUAACUAGUGAAGAGGCCAAUGAGGAAGCCUGCAAGUUUAUUCGAAAGAAGAUCUCCCAGAUCGUGGAAGAUCCCGUGAAGGCUCGAAAGCUGUCUCCGGAUGGAUACUAUGCCAGACGUCCUAUUACUGCGCCCGAUUACUAUGAGACAUUUAAUAAGAAGCAUGUGGAUAUUGUUGAUCUGCGAGAGACCCCCAUUACGGAAAUCACUGAGCAAGGUAUCCGCACUAAUGAGAAGCUGCACGAGCUGGACGUCAUCAUUUUUGCGACUGGAUUCGAGGUUGCUGAUGGCAAUUACACCACUCUCACUAUUAAUGGUCGCCAGCAAUCUUUGAAAGAGCAUUGGGCUGAAAGAACGACUUCAUACUUGGGUGUGUCCGAAGCAGGAUUCCCCAACAUGUUCUUGGUCGUGGGACCUCUAUCGCCAUUCAACAACUUCCCGCCGACAAUCGAGGCUCAGGUCGAGUUCAUCUCUGGAUUAAUAUUGAAGGCCGAAUCAAAGAGAAAGGAAGACGCCUCCGAUAAGUUAGUUCUCGUCGAGGCUACUCAGCAAGCUGAGAAUGACUAUGUGGAAGCGUGUCGCGUGCUUGGAACAAAGAACCUCUUUAGAAAAGAGAAGUCUUAUGUUUUUGGCGCCAACGUUGAAGGAAAGACACCCCAAAUUCUGUUCUGGGUAGGGGGCCUGGUUCAUUACAGGAAGGCUCUUCAAGAUGUGGUGGACAACGAUUAUCGUGGGUUUACGCUUUCGUAUUAG